AUGGGAAGAAAAAUCUUGUUUAGUUUUUCUCUUAUUUUUUUAUGUAUGGGAUUUUCACUAACUUUGGACCAGAUACUUGCCAGGAAGAAUGUAAGUUUCAGCUCUCGAACAUCGUCAAAUAAAGAGACGGUUGUAAACAGUGAUCAACAGAAUAAUGGAGAUAUGAAAACAAUCCAGAAUUUCACAACAAUACCAAUGACACAGGCUCUCAGCUACAAUCUGAGCAGACAAGGCCAUUUGGAGAAAGAACCUUGGAAUGCGUUCAGCCAUCAUAGUCCAGUUAAUGUCUCCAUGGAUGGAAUUCCCUGCAUUCUCUUCUGGGCCAAAAGAAUAACAAUUAAAUUUAAGAAUCAGACCUGGCUGGACCUUACAGGUGAAGCUUUUGGCCAGAAGGCAACAGUGGAUGCUGGCAACUCAAACUGCAGUCAGGAAAGUGCCACGUUGUCUCUAAAGUUUGGUGAUGCUGAAAAUCCCAGAGGUCUUGCUAUAAGAUUCACCCUUACCAAUUACAACAAGUUGUCCAUCCAGAGCUGGUUUAGUUUGCACCGAGUUGAGAUUAUUUUCAAUAAUUCCAUCCAAGCGACUUUCAAUGCGACUGGCAUCUAUGCUCCGUCAAGCUCUUCCUACCACUGCCAGCACGUCAGCAGCCUGCAGCAGCGCUACGAUGCCCUCUUGGUGCCCAGCGACACGGGUGAUAGGUCGAGCCUGUGGGAGGUCACGUUUGUUGAUUUCCAGAUCCAAGGCUUUACCAUCAAGGGAGGACAAUUUGCAAAGGCCCGAGACUGCGCCUCUUCCUUCUCACCAGCUGUUCUGAUCGGCCUGGCGAUGUCCCUGAUCCUGCUGCUGGUGCUGGCCUACGCCCUGCACAUGCUCAUCUACCUGCGCUAUCUGGACCGGCACUACAGUUUCAUCGCCUCUCCGGCCCACUUCCCCCAGCUGAAAGCCCGAGAUGCAGCAGAAGAGAAGGAGUUGCUGAAGAGCCAGGGAGUUGAAUGCUAUGAACUGAGAAGCCAACGGAUCUGCAAAAUUUAUGUUUAACAGCACAGGCACGUCUCGCUCAAGUCCACAAUGGGCUUUGAAAGGACUUGUUUCUGUUCUCUGAUGUUUGACUUGUGAUAUAAGGUUUUCACCAAAUGGCUUGAUUAAAAAAAAGAAAAGGAAAAUACAUAAUAAAUCACUU